AUGUCUUCGUCAUUGUUGACGUCUUUCCUGAGUGCAACCGAAGUCACGAAGCUCGGAUGCACGCAAGUAUCUGUGGUAACAAACAAGGCGCUCAAAUUCCUCCUGCCACAUAGAGACUAUGCCGAGGUCUUUCUUCUUAAGGCAACACGCUGAUGACGAAGUCAUAUUUGGACGUAUAGUCGCAUACACUAGGAUUAGAGGAUAUUAAGACUGCACUCCCUUCAGCUAGACGACAUGGAGGGAAAGCUACUCCUACUCGAAUAGGUUCUAUCUUGUAGAUACGAUAAGCAUUAACAUUAACUUUUAUUAUUUAGAAAGAGAAGGCGCAAGGUGUGCUUGGUUGUUGAUAGAUAGGGAAGCAGCUUUUCCAAUUUUGCGGCAAUAGAUCAUCGGAAUCCCAAGGCGAGUACCGAGGCGCUGGAUCAAAUAAUGCAGCGUCUAUUCGAAAGUCCUGAUGCGGACGCAGUGACACGUAACUAUGGUCCUGCGACCAUGCUCAAACUGUUCAUCGCGCAGCCACGCAGAUGGCCUCUGGGUUUGUCAAAGAAGCAGAGGCUAGCAGGCUACUUGUUUCGGCAGAAGGGGGUGGAGAAGCUGAUGGCGAACGGUGGAAUCGACAGCAUGACGGGCAUUGCCGCUGAAGCGCGCGAAAAUGAGGCGGGGCCAGCGGUGCGUACAUACUUCAACUGGGAACGCAUUCCGCCGCAAUUGGAAGCACGCUUGCGUGGGGGGAAACAACCAGGAAAUGCUUGUUCUUGCAAUGAUAUCGAGCAGAUGUCUUGCAUGGAGAAAAUGAAAGAAAUCUUUGGAAUGGGUGGCGACAGGGGCAAACCUUGUGAACGAGCGUUUAAGAAAACCAAAAAAUGUCCUGUAGAAGCAGGCUGCAAGGAACAAGAAGACGACGAAGGAAACGUUACUUGCGAACAAAACUGUACUAAGUAAUCAUUGCUUCAGCACCGGAUACUACCACGACUUCAUCUACUAUUCUAUCAGAUUAUCAGAAAGCAGCGACCCCUUCAGCAGAAGAUUCUGCUCGUUGUCGUUCGUGUCUUUUUUUGAUCUACAAGAAAUAGAAUUAUGUUAGCAGAAGGUAGAAGUAUGUUCAUGUACUUGUCCGUCAAGCCUUCAACUGAACAUACAGGCGAGAAAGCCUUUACGACCGGUAACGCGUGUGAUCGGUCUUCUAAGGCGGUUUUUCCAGAAGUGAAGGCGUGCAAGUGGUACGACGAGACCGGUAAAAAGGGGCACUGCGGGCCGAGUGAUGCCAAGGAGGAUGCUGCGAUUCAGAAGGCACGUGCGCAGGAGAAGGAGGCACGGGAAGGAGCAGCGGCGAAGGAUGCGAAGGAAGCAAGAGAGAGUGAGGAAGACGGUGAUAAAGGCGAUGAAGAGGAUGAAGAGGUGGAAACGGCCGAGGACGCAAAGGAAACGGACGAAAAGCAAGAGGAUGGUGAUGAAGAGCAACCAGAGGAGCAACAGGAACUGUAA